AUGCAGCACCAGGAGCUGAGGAAAGACUACACAAGUGUUGCAAUCAAGACCUUGGAAAGCAACCAAGGGACAGACGGAGCGCCGGAUGCUGAGCGGUUUGCAUGCAGCCACCCCCCCACCUGCACCCGGAGCGCUACUCGUGCGACUGCAAACGCUGGGAACCGAUUAAAUUUCACCGAGCUCCACGCUACCUGCACUGGCAUUUCCUGUUCUAAACACUCCGAAAACACUCCAGCAGAGCUCGCUGACGGGCAUGUGACUACCGCGUUAAACAUUAACUUCUGGCCCUCAGCGAGACAACCCCCGGGCUCGCCCCGUCCCGCACGCAGUCCGCGCGCUCCUCCGAGCCGAGCCGAGCCGCGCCGCGCCGUGCCGUGCCGUGCCGUGCCGGCCUACCGCCGCUUACACAACCCGCGGAGCGGGGACAAUGCCGGCCGCUCCGCGCGGCACCACGGCGGCCCCGGGAGGCGUUCAGCCGCGGCGCCGCACCGCGCACCGAGGAGACGGCGGUUACCCCCACCCCAACGCCUCCGCGCGGGACGGGACCCGCGGCCGCCCCCCCGCCCGCUGCCCUCAGGCGAAGUAGCUCCCACACACCCCGUCCCAUCUCGGCUAGGGGGGCGGGAGGGGUGGUCCUCCUACCCCCUCCUCAGCUCGGAUCCGCCGGGACACCCCACCUCACCUCUCGUCUCCGGCGGCGCCCGCUCGCGGCUCCUCUCUCGCCCCCUCCCGGCGGAGACUCCAGCCGCGGCCCCGCCCUCACGGCAACUUUUCCUCCCCCCUCGCCGCAGCCGUCUCCUCCUCCGCCUCCCCGCGUCUCGCCCUCUGGGGCGGCGCGUGCGCGUGCGCCAUCCCGCCUCGGGUGCCGCCUCCGCCCAGCUCGGCAGCGCGCAUGCGCAGUGGAACGGCGCCGGGGCAGACAGGAUCUCACCGCGCGUGCCCGGCGCCAGGAAGAGGGAGGCGGGAGAAAGGGAGCGGGCAGCGCCCGGCGGUGAUCGGAAAGGCCGGGCGGUGACGGGACCCGGCGCGAUGUCUCAGUCGGCUGUGCCGCGCGAAGGGCGCAUGCGCAGUAGGCGCGGUGCUGCCCGCACCCUUCGCGUCGGCGGGGGCUCGUGGGGCCGUGUGACGCGCCUCGCGCUUCCCGCUUCCCGCUUCCCGCCUGCGAGCACGAGGUGGGCGCGCAGGCCGGCCCCGAGCGCUUCCGCGCGCUGAGGCGAGCGGAGAUCGGGCUGAGGCUGCCGGGCGGCCCGCCGUGGCUGGGCGGCCGGGGGCAGUGUCAAGCUGAGGGGCUGCAGCACCCCUUCUUUACCCCCUCUCUUAGUACCGUUCUCAGCACAUCGCCUGCGUGCGAAGGGCGCGGUUAUCCCGUGUGUAGAAGCAGCGCGGCCGUGCCCCAGGUAAAGCUCUUUUCAGAGUCAUCAGUAGAAAAGUGGAUAGAAAAAAAUGUUGCAAGAAAACCUCUUCACUGG